CGUUAAUCCUAUAAGAUCUCUGGGAGUCCUCUAUCCUGUUACUGGAAGUAUUUAUCGUCGCAUAAUGAGCAUUCAAGAUCCACCUGGGGUAUCUCAGGCGACAAUCACUACACCCGUUCCCGAGGAAUUAGGCAAUUCACAUCCCCCGCUCUCCAAGGGCAAAAAUAAGAAGAAGAAGAGAAAGAAGAAAGCAUCUACUCCAGUAGUGGGUGCAAUAGACCUGUCACCGGUUACUGAUUCCACUGAUGUGGCUACCCCGGAACCGGUGGGGCAAGAUGAACUUGACAUGAUCCAGUCGUUGCUUCUACUGGCGUUGAGAAAGACCGGGGAUGAAGGUGUGGAAAAUUCUGAGAAUCAUCUUGAUGAAACACUAAGUGAGAUUCAGGCAAUUGAAAUGUCCAAAGACGUCCUCAGUGCAGCUGAUGAGGUGGACGGGGUGGAAGACAAUGUCACCCUGAUUGCUGUGGUGAAGUCAGUUGAGGGGAUACAGACGAGCGACCAUUCCAAGGUGGAUGCAGAACAUCAGCUAGAUUCAGAGAAUUUAGAUCAUACAGGUACAGUAGGGUUUGGGUCUGUUGAUACAGCCAUUGUUCAUACAGUCCCUUUGGAAAGCAAAUCCACGGAUUGUCCUUCGAAAUCGUUAGAUGCCAAUUCUACUAGCGUUAUUAUGAAAACUUUGGAAGUCAAUUCUGCUGGUUCUCCACAAGGGAGCAUCGAUCCAACCUCUGAUGCUGGAAUGCGCACCCUAAUGGAUGAAGAAAAAGUACAAAAGUCCAAUGACGAUGUUGUCACUUUUAUUGACAAAGAUCACAUCCUCGACUCUUCUCUGAUAGAUCACAUCCUUAAUUCUUCUUUAAUAGAUCCCCUGGAUGUGUGUUCAAACCCCCGGGAUCCGCUUCCUGAGCCCUCCUCUAUCAUUGUGGAUGGAAACAAACCUCAUGCUCAGACAGAAAUAUCCAUUUCUGCUAACCUGAUAGUACCUGAAACACCCCCAGUUGACAAACAAAGCCCGGCAAGCCUUGUCACAGAAAUUACCGAAUUUGAGCCGCCUGUUUUAGAGCCCAUUUCUGGUCCUGUUCCUAUUGACCCGGCCAAGACCGAAGCGUCUGCUCAAUCAGACCCCACUGCCAGUCCCGCCCCACCAAACAUACCACCGUCGCUCGAUGAGAUCCCUGUCGAUGAGAUCCCUGUCGAUGAACCCCCUAUCGAAAGCUACUCUCUGACGCCAGGCCCAUACACUCUAACCCCCCUCAUCACCGAUAUGCCCUUUGACGGCUUAGAGCUGUACCCAACCUGCAUCGCCUCCUACAACCGCAGCAUCUACAUCGGCACCUCGAACGGCACAAUUCUCCAUUACUUCCCCGUCGACGAUGACGUGCCGUCCUAUUUAUUAGUCUCGCAGCAGAAAGUUUCCCAGUCGCGCUCCCGCUCGGUCAAGGAAAUAAUCAUCUUGCCGCACUUGGAAUUUGCCAUUGUGCUCAGCGGGGGCAUUGCCUCUGUGUUUCAGCUUCCAGAGCUCACCCCGGCCAACAUCGGCAGGGUCAAGGAUGUGGUGGACAUUAGCAUUGACACCUCCCUCUCGGACGUUUCGCCCUCCGUUGAACUUGCAGUUUUUACAAAGUCCAUGAUCCGCUUGAUCUCCGUCACCAAAAAAGGCUUGAAGCUCGUGAAAGACGUCACGUACCCCAACUCAUACAGAGGCGUGCGGUGUGCGCAAUACGCAAUCGUCGCCACCCCCUCGGACUACGACUUGAUCGACUUGGUGAAUGUGCAGAAAAUCCCGCUCUUUCCUGUUAGCUCCCCCGACGCACAGAUCAAGCCGAUAAUCCUCCCUGUCUCUUUCAGAUCUCAGACUGGAGAGUUUUUGCUCGUUUCAGGAGGACCAGACGUGGUAGACCUGGCAAUGGGAACCGUCGUCAACACCUAUGGCGACGUUACCAGAGGCACUAUCCCCUGGGAGAGGUUUCCAGGGUCUAUCGCGAUGGACUACCCCCACGUGUUGGCCGUCUUGGAUGGAAAGGAGGUGCGGGUCACGAGUUUGCACAACCAGGAAGUGGUCCAGCGAGUCACCUUUAAGGGACUAUCCGAUAAGCGGGGCUUGCGCGUUGCCAAUGUAUUACAUGCGUUUACCACCAACGGUUCUGGAGACCUGUUUCAGGAGGUUAGUUUGGUGGGGGAUUAUGCCCCGGGCGAGGUAACCAGCUCGGUAUCGUUUUCCAACACCCUUUUGUACCACAACAGCAAGGUGUUUUUGGUCCAAGCCAUUCCCAGACUUCUGCGGAUUUUACGGCAUAUACAGCACCCGGAGCUGGUGGAAGUUAACGCUUUGCUAGAUGAACUCAAAGGCGUCGAUAAAACAACCACCGAAGGGGCAAGCGAACACCGGUUCAUCAGUCUUGUGAUCGGGUUUGUGGUGCUUCUCCAGGGUAAGUUUGACGAGGCAUACGAAAUCUGGAUUCUUGGCUUGGAUGAGAUAAUGCCCUUGGACCCUCGGUUGUUGAUCUACGUCUCCCAGACGGCGGAGGUGGAGAUUUACGGUGCCUUGCUGGUUCCACGGUGUUUAGUGAUGUUGGUAGAUAAGCUAGUGGAUAAGAUGGCCCAAACUGAGGGGUUUAGAGAUUUCUACAAACUCCAUUUGUGGCAGCUGCUUGAGAAGCGCUCUGACACCUCUAUGAAGUUUUCCUACCAAUCAGAUAUCUCCAAAACAUUGGAAGUGGCAGCAAUUGACCUUCUAUUGACGUCCGAUAAUGAUUCCGAGCUCCUCUCGUUUGUGAACGAAAAAGUCGUGAAAUGUCAAUACACAGAGAUUGCGAGCCGUUUAGAGAGCAAGAAAAAGUACUAUGUUUUAUCUCAGUUCUACAAAUCAAACGGCUUUCCGACAGAGUUUCUUGAGCUCUGGCGGCGCUUGAUUACCGGUGAGACCCACGACACGAUGUUCAAAGCCGCUGGUGCUCUCGCGGUAAUGAAGGACUACAUUGUGGAGCAUGUCGCGGAUGAAGCGAGCUUCUGGGAGUUUGCGCCAUGGCUCUUGCAUCAAAACCCGAACAUUGGUUAUUCGUUGUUUGUGGAUAAACACCUCAGGGUUCUACUCCGGCCCGAUACGGUGUUAUCCCACUUGAUAACAGCACUGGAGAAGGGUUUGCGUCUCAGAUAUCUCUUGCACUUGGAGGAGACUGGAGUCGACUAUGUCGGCGAGUUGUGUCUAGAGUUGGCUGAAAGUCUUGCCGACGAGCUCGACCUGGGUCAGCGUGUUUCUGCCUUUAUUGAAACCUACCAGAAGGUGGAAAAGCACCGGAUACCGUACUUGCAAUAUGUCAAGUUGGAAAGCCAGCGGUCGAUCAAGCAGAGCCACCUAGGCGACUUUUUUGACCACCACCAGCGGUUAUAUUCGUUGAUUCCUCGGUUUGUUGCUUCUGAGGGGUAUGGUGAACGAGGCGAAAAGUUGCGGAGUCUAUUGGCCUCCUACUUACCGGCACUCGCCUAUCCCUUGGCCAAUAUGUCGCUCCAAGACCAAAACUUUGAGCAAGUAUUGGAAUACCUCUUUGCAUUGGGAGACUACGAAACCUGUGAAUGGUAUGUUGCCAGGGGCUCUCUUCCGCAGCUCAGAUUUUCAAGCGACGACCCCAACCAGUUGGACUUUGUCAACGUUUUACAGACUAUCGAUAGCGGAUACUCCAUUCUUAACAUGUCUGACAUGUUGACCCGGGGUUUGAUUGACGUUACAAGGGCGAAGCAGAAUAGUGUGUUGCAAAAGAAUUUGGCCAGAGCUGAAAUGAUAAAGUACCGCGAGCUCGGCAACGUGUUGCGUGGAUUUGCUGAGGAGAAGGAAUAAAGGACUGUUGCUGCUAGAAGAUAUUAGACUAAACUCGCACGAGGUCCAGGAAGUGCCUUCCAGGAAAGCAUACGAAUUUGAAUGAUAGCAUACGAGUUUAAUAGUAAGCGGUCCUUAGUUGUAAUGGAAUUAUAACUAGUGAGUGUCUUCAAUUGGAAAAUA